CCGAACCUUAUCGGUUCUGGGAACCCAGCAGUGGCGGGACUGGACUGAGCUGCCCUGCCAAGGAGCGCCAAGAUGCCGCUAGAGCUGGAGCUGUGCCCCGGCCGCUGGGUCGGGGGGAACCAUCCCUGCUUCAUCAUCGCCGAGAUCGGGCAGAAUCACCAGGGCGAUAUAGAGGUGGCCAAGCGCAUGAUCCGGAUGGCCAAGGAGUGUGGGGCUGACUGUGCCAAAUUUCAGAAGAGUGAGCUGGAGCACAAGUUUAACCGUCGGGCUUUGGAGAGACCCUACACUUCUAAACACUCUUGGGGGAAAACCUAUGGAGACCACAAACGCCACCUUGAAUUCAGCCAUGACCAAUAUAGGGAGUUACAGAAAUAUGCCAAGGAAAUAGGGAUUUUCUUCACAGCUUCUGGAAUGGAUGAGAUGGCGGUUGAGUUUCUGGAUGAAUUAAAUGUUCCAUUUUUUAAAGUUGGAUCUGGAGACACUAACAAUUUUCCAUAUCUGGAAAAGACAGCUAAAAAAGGUCGUCCGAUGGUUAUUUCCAGUGGUAUGCAGUCCAUGGACACGAUGAAGCAAGUCUACAAUAUUGUGAAACCUAUAAACCCAAACUUCUGCAUUCUGCAGUGCACCAGUGCCUAUCCUCUGCUCCCUGAAGAUGUUAAUCUCCGAGUGAUUACAGAAUAUCAGAAAGCAUUUCCUGACAUCCCUAUAGGAUAUUCUGGGCAUGAAACAGGCAUCUCGAUCUCAGUGGCUGCAGUUGCUCUAGGGGCUAAAGUAUUAGAACGACAUGUGACUCUGGAUAAAACUUGGAAAGGGAGUGACCAUCAGGCAUCUCUGGAGCCAAAUGAAUUAGCAGAAUUGGUAAAAGAAAUCCGCCUUGUAGAAAAAGCCUUGGGAUCACCAGUUAAACGGCUCUUGCCAUGUGAGGUGCCCUGCAAUGAUAAGCUGGGUAAAUCAGUGGUGGCCAAAGUGAGAAUUCCUGAAGGUACCAUUUUGACAAUGGAUAUGCUCACAGUGAAGGUGGGUGAACCAAAAGGAUAUCCCCCAGAAGGCAUUGCUAGUCUCAUUGGCCAGAAAGUCAAAGUGAACAUUGAAGAGGAUGAUACCAUCACAGAGGAAGCAAUAGAACAUUUGUCAAAAAAAAUAAAAUCUUAAAGAAAAAUGACAUUCAUUGAGGUCUCACUUCCCUUUCUCCAUUUUGGAUGACAGAUUAGAAUAAUCAGUACACAGAGAAGGAAUGGAAGGUUGGAGGAAGUGGACUACAUAAGCUCUCAAUGAGUAAUUGUCACAUGAAUAAAAGAAUGACCUUCAUAGACUACUUUCCUGUGAUUCCAUCCCUAUAACUUUCUAAAUCAAAAUACCCUUCUCUGGCUACCUCUCUUAUAAUGCGUUGCCUGAAUGUAAACUUCUUGAGGGAAGGGAUUCUCUUCAUUUUUGUAGGUCUAGAGUUUAUCACAGUGCUCAACACAUGGUAAGCACUUAAUAAAUGAUUUUUCACUCACA